UUUGCAGAUCCAUCGGACACUUAUGAUCUCAGGCGUAGUCUUCAUAAUCAUCGCAACGGUUCUCAUAUUUGUAUCGGUGAAGGGCUGGAGUGGACCGUACGCCCAUCCAAUUGUCGGCUUGACUUCAAUCAUACUAUCAGUGCUGCAGCCAAUCGGCGCUCUAUUCAGACCACAUCCCGACUCUUCAAAGCGAUGGCUAUUUAAUUGGCUUCACUGGUCGGGUGUCGCAGCUAUAUGUUUGGCCACAAAGUUUGGCAAUUUGUUACCCAAACCAUUCCUCGGGGUUGUCAUCGCUUUUAUAACAUACAUCAUUAAGAGUGAUAAAGAAUCCAAACUUAAUAGAAAAACAGUGAUAGACAUACUCCAGGUGCUGCUCAUCGGUGCAAUUGUCAUAGCAUUUGUAAUCACACUCAUUAUACUCUUAUAUCGUUGAUAAUUAUGAACAAAACUAAUUACAAAAAACUUGUC